GGUAACGUUUUCUCUCUCUGGUUUUCCUCCAGAUCUCUUGGCUUUCGUAAGCUAAAAACAAGUGAAAAAUAAGCAGAUCAAAGGAAGCACGAAGAUGAGAAGCUUCAACUUCUUCCGGAGAUUAUCGAGAGCUUUCAAUGAUUAUCCUUCGCUUUCUAAGAUCAUCGUCGUAUCUACUAUCAGUGGUGGGAGCCUUAUAGCUUAUCCUGAGGCAAACACGUACAAUGGCAGUCAGGGCCACAUUGCUCAUGCUGAUGCAACCGCAUCCGAUGGUGGUCAUGCUUUAUCUGAAGUAGCUCCCAAGAAAAAGAAAGUAGUGCUGCUCGGAACUGGGUGGGCAGGAAUGAGUUUCUUGAAGAAUCUGAAUAACCCUACUUAUGAGGUGGAAGUUGUUUCUCCUCGUAAUUUCUUUGUGUUUACCCCAUUGCUACCAAGUGUUACAUGUGGUAAAGUAGAAGCCCGCAGCAUUGCUGAGCCAAUUCGCAACAUCAUCAUAAAGAAAAAUGUUGACAUCAGUUUCUCUGAAGCUGAAUGUGUCAAAAUAGAUCCUCAAAAUAAGAAAAUUUACUGUCGCGCUACUAUAGAUAGCCAUUCAAAGGGGGAAGAAGAAUUUGCAGUAGACUAUGACUACCUUAUUAUAGCUGUGGGAGCUCAGGUUAACACCUUUAAUACUCCUGGUGUCAUGGAAAAUUGCCAUUUCUUAAAGGAAAUUGACGAUGCUCAGAAGAUUCGUAAGAAUGUUAUUGAGUCCUUUGAGAAGGCAAGCUUACCAUGUUUAAGUGAAGAGGAAAGAAAGAAAAUCCUUCACUUUGUCAUUGUUGGCGGUGGCCCUACAGGUGUAGAAUUUGCUGCAGAACUUCAUGACUUUGUCAACGAGGAUGUUGUCAAACUAUAUCCAAAGGUCAAAGACUUGGUGAAAAUAACACUUCUUGAGGCUACAGAUCAUAUUUUGAACAUGUUUGACAAAAGAAUCACAAAUUUUGCAGAAAAUAAAUUUGGAAGAGACGGCAUUGAUGUGAAAUUGGGGUCAAUGGUCACAGGAAUAAAUGAAAAUGAAAUUUCUACAAAAGCCAGAAGUAACGGCAAAACCACUUCUACUCCAUACGGUAUGGUUCUCUGGUCAACUGGCAUUGGGCCUCGCCCUCUCAUAAAGGAGUUUAUGAAGCAAAUUGGUCAGGGUAAUAGGCGUGCUCUAGCAACUGAUGAAUGGCUGCGAGUUGAGGGAUUUGAUAACAUAUAUGCACUCGGUGACUGUGCAACUAUUAACCAGCGGAAAGUGAUGGAAGAUAUAGCAGAAAUAUUUAAAAAAGCAGACAAGGACAACUCAGGAACACUUACGGUCAAGGAAUUUCAAGAAACCCUUGAUGAUAUUUGUGAAAGAUACCCCCAAGUGGAGCUUUAUCUCAAGAACAAGCAGAAGUGUAACAUUGUUGAUCUUGUGAAAGAAGCCAAAGGGGACGCUGCAAAAGAAUCCAUGGAGCUCAAUAUCGAAGAAUUUAAAGCAGCUCUCUCCGAAGUCGAUUCUCAGAUGAAGAAUCUUCCUGCAACAGCACAAGUAGCAAAUCAGCAAGGUGCCUAUCUUGCUAAGUGCUUCAACCGUAUGGAAGAGUGCGAAAAGAAUCCUGAAGGUCCUCCUAGGUUCAGGGGAACAGGUUUCCAUCGAUUCCACCCCUUCAGGUACAGGCACUUGGGUCAAUUUGCUCCUUUGGGAGGGGAGCAAACAGCUGCACAACUUCCGGGUGAUUGGGUCUCUAUCGGACACAGUUCGCAGUGGCUCUGGUAUUCCGUCUACGCAAGCAAGCAAGUUAGUUGGCGCACAAGGGCAUUGGUGGUGUCGGACUGGUUGAGGCGUUUUAUUUUCGGGAGGGAUGCCAGUGGCAUUUAAGAGGUCACUUUCAAAGCAACUUAUAUAUUGAACAUUACAAGGUCUACAGUUUUGAUGGAUUGCUGUAGAAAAAAAUUGGUUUUUCCUUCCCCUGCUUAGUUGCAAUUAAUUCAUUUGUUAAUAAUUGCUGCCUUGCAACACAGCUUUGGCGGUUUUGCCAAGUUUUUUUUUCUUUCGAAACAAAGUAUUCUGUCAUCAGAAAAUUUUAUGCUGUCUAAACAAAGACUCGAUAAGAUUAUGAUGAUAACAAAUUUUCAGUUUAGUUGAUUUAUUUGGGUAA